AAAAAGCCUUUUCCUUUAGAUUCUCUCCAACAACAACAGAUCUCUCUGAACUACACAAUCAUGUCGGUUUUACUUCCUCUCUGUCUGAUUAUCUCCAUGUUCACCUAUUCAAACGCAGUGUAUUGUGUGUGCAAAGAUGGGAACGAGCAAGUUCUUCAGAAGGCAAUAGACUACGCUUGUGGAAACGGAGCUGACUGUAGUCAGAUCCAGACCUCCGGAGCUUGUUUCCAACCUAACACCGUCAAAAGCCACUGUGACGUCGCUGUCAACAGUUACUACCAGAAAAAAGCUUCCUCCGGUGCCACCUGUGACUUUAACGGCGCCGCCUCCCCCUCUAACACCCCUCCUUCAACUGCUUCAAGCUGUUUAACUGGUUCAAGCUCUAGUGGCACUCCUACCACAGGAACCCCAACUACUGGGACCCCAACUACUGGGACCCCAACUACCGGAACUCCAACCACUGGAACCCCCACCACCGGAACUCCGACUACUGGCACCCCCACCACCGGAACUCCGACCAGUGGGACUCCAACUAGUGGCUUCCCAACUACCGGGACUCCGAACACAGGGACUAACACUGGGAUGCCGAAUUCCAGCGGGAUGCCUACUUCAUCAUCAUCGUCGGUGUUCCCGGGUACUACUCUUGGACCGACUGGGAGCGGGGGAUUUGGUGAUCCAAAUGCUGGAGAGAAGCUGUCUGUCCGAACUAACAUGGUGGUCUUCUUAUUAUCCGGUGUAGCUAUGCUUGUCAUAUGAGGGCUUAGAAGUCACACGAGGUUGUGGUUGUAAUUGGAUUGCUGAGAGAUCAGAUCUUGCCAACGGCUCAUGGUUGAUAGAGCCAUCUUUUUUUCACUCGUCUUUCUAGGGUUUGGAAUUAGGUUGGCCGAGAGACAUAAUGCUGGUAGUAGCUAGUAUUUUGGGUAUGUACAACUUAACUAAGAGCUUUACUUUUGUAAAUCCGGAGGGUGAGAUGCUCUUUU